UACAUUUCCCAGGCAGCACCGCGUGGAAGGCGUGGCCGCGGGGUACGGGCAACAGCGACGCCGGGUCCAGAGUGUACAGCGGGACGCGAUGGCCGCGUGGGCCGAGCGGCUGGCGGGCGUGCGGGGAGUACUGCUUGACAUCUCCGGCGUGCUGUACGACAGCGGCGCAGGCGGCGGAGCCGCCAUUGCGGGAUCUGUGGAGGCGGUGGCGAGACUGAAGCGGUCCCCGUUGAAGGUGAGAUUCUGUACCAAUGAGUCCCAGAAGUCCCGGAGAGAGCUGGUGGGGCUGCUUCAGCGACUGGGGUUCGACAUCUCAGAAGGAGAGGUGACCGCCCCUGCCCCGGCCACCUGCCAGAUCCUGAAGGAGCGAGGCCUGCGGCCACACCUGCUCGUCCAUGACGGGGUCCGCUCAGAAUUUGAUGACAUUGACAUGUCCAACCCAAAUUGUGUCGUGAUUGCGGAUGCCGGUGAAAGCUUUUCCUAUAAAAACAUGAACAGAGCCUUCCAAGUGCUAAUGGAGCUGGAAAACCCUGUGCUCAUAUCACUGGGAAAGGGACGUUACUACAAGGAGACCUCUGGCCUCAUGCUGGAUGUGGGAGGCUACAUGAAGGCACUCGAGUAUGCCUGUGGUAUCGAGGCUGAAGUGGUGGGGAAACCUUCCCCUGAGUUCUUCAAGUCUGCCCUACAAGCCAUCGGGGUGGAAGCUCACCAGAUUCCAGGAUCCACCCCUGCUUGGUGUACUGCUGGGGAAGCAGAGUGCAGGUUUCCAUAUGCACUGGACGAGUGCUCUGCUGGCUGACCCACAUGCCCAGCCCCAGAGCCUGCUGUACAAAUCCAAACGACGGAACUGCCUUAGAGGGUGACAGCGCCCGCAGCUCUCUGCAUCCCUGGGCUCUCUUGGAAUGCGGUCAUUCAGUUUUGAAUGUCUGUCUCCCCUGUAGCACAUCACCGUCACCGGCAGAAAGGAGUAAAAGCCAGGCCUGACAGGUGGAAUUUUAUUUCCCCCGACGGUGCACCUCUUGACCUCCAUCUUCUUGCCAAUGAUUUUUUAAAUCCUAAAUGAUUUGGCAAUAAUUGCUCCUCUCGGUGUGAUUAUUGCCCUUCACUGAUGGUAAAUCUGGAAAUUCCCCAGGGUUCCGAGAGCGUUUUGGUAUGCAGAGCCCACAAGCUGGCCCAGACAGGCCUCACUGCACAUCCCACUGGCUGCCUGUGUCUAGCCCCAACUCCCUGCCACCCACCUCUCCACUUCCUGGGGUUCUGCCCUGUGCUGGCAUCAUGUCGUCAUCCCAAGCAUCCAUCCCACAGACGCUCUUCCAUGUGUGAUAACACUGCCUCCGAGGGAUUAAUUUUUUUCCUGAAACCAUCUUCAUGGACCACAUCAAAAAUGGCAGCCCAAGAGGGCCCUGAGAAGGCGAUUCCCUCUGUCUGUUGUGUGUGUGCAUGCACACGUGUAAGAGUUUGUUUCGAGGCAGUAUUUCAUGUAUCCAGGCUGGCCUUGAAUUCACUGUGUAGCUGAGGAUGACCUUGAACUUCUGAUCGUUCUGCCUCUACCUCCUAAAUCCUGGGAUUACAGGCACACACCACCCCACUUAGUGUAUACAGUGCUGGAGCUCGAACCCGCAGCCUUGUGUAUACUAAUGAAGAACUCUACUGACUGAGCUAUGGCCCUAGCCCACGUGUACACACGGAAGGUGCCAAGCAUGGCAUGCAGUAGGUAGGGUGUGCAUUUCAUUUCUAGGAAGUCCAGUCCCACAAAGGUCCCAGCGCCUUUGGCAGCAGCGGAUGAACCUGAGCUGGGACCUUUGAGUUUUCAAAGGCUGAAUCAACAGUUUUGGAAUGGCUCCUUUAGAGGGAGUCAGCAAGCCACGACUGUCCAUCUGUACCCGAGGCCACUCCGAACAAGUUGUUGGAGAGUCCUGAUGCUUCGGAGUCUCGGUUCAUUGCGUCACUGUACCCCAUGCUGUCCCACUGCAGCGAAUGCUACCCACGGCUGGGUCUUCCCAGGUGGCCGGAUGGUUUCUACACUGCUGUAUGAAAGUUGGUAGAAAACAAAGCAAAAAACCUCCACUCUGGGGGCUGGAGAGAUGGCUCAGCGGUUAGGAGCAUUGCCUGCUCUUCCAAAGGUUCUGAGUUCAAUUCCCAGCAACCACAUGGUGGCUCACAACCAUGAGGUCUGGUGCCCUCUUCUGGCCUGCAGGCAUACACA